AUGUGGCGAGCGGCGCAGACCUGCGCUAUCGGACCGAGCAGCCCCCGGCUGCCCGCGCUCCUGCCCUGCCCUUUCCUGGGCUCGCUGCCGGGAGCUUCCAUCUCGGAAGGAGCCGUCAGCAGCGGCGGCUCGGGCAGCGGGUCCCCCACACCUCCGAGCCGGGUCCCGGCUGCCAUCCGUUCCUGGAAACGCAAACCGGAUCCCGCUUCGGAGGCGCGGCCCGGGGAGCGGGAGGGGCGCGGAGCGGCGGCGGCGCGGGAUCGGGAUGCCGGCAUUGCUCGGUCAUCGCUCGGGCAUCGCUACCGGCAUCGCUCGGACAUUGCUCCGGCAUCGCUCGGGCAUCGCUACCGGCAUCCCCCCGGCAUUGCUGAGCAACCCGCCGGAACAGGCCCGAGCCCCGGCAUCGGCACCGGGACACCCGCGCGGGGAGGAACCCACCGGGGGAACCUGCCCGGGGAUCUCCAGGAGGGCAAGGCUCUCCGGACACCUGGGCUACCCCAGCUCAAGGGCACGAAGAUGCUGCUGUCGCUGGGGCUCCUCUUUGCUGCCCUGACCUCAGGGAGAUGCCUCCCCCUGCAGCAGGCGCCCAACCGCAGCAAACUCCUGCUGGUGUCCUUCGAUGGCUUUCGGUGGAACUACGACCAGGACGUGGACACCCCCAACCUGGACGCGAUGGCUGCGGACGGGGUGAAGGCCAAGUACAUGACUCCUCCCUUCAUCACCCUCACCAGCCCCUGCCACUUCACGCUGCUGACCGGGCGGUACAUAGAGAACCACGGGGUGAUCCAUAACAUGUGGUUUGACACCAAAACAGGCUUGAGGAUGCCCUACUACACCACACAGGGCAUAAGCAGCUGGUGGGACAAUGGCAGCCUCCCCAUCUGGAUCACUGCCCAGAGACAGGGUUUGAAGACAGGCUCUGUCCACUUCCCUGGAGCCAAAGCGAAAUACCGAGGGGAGGAAGUGUACAAGAAGUUGGUGGAACCCCCAUUGUUCAACUACAGCAACGAAACCAACUGGAGGCAGAGCAUUGACACCGUCAUGAAAUGGUUCACAGUGGAGAACCUCGACUUCAUCACACUCUACUUUGGGGAGCCGGACUCCUCAGGACACAAGUUUGGCCCUGAAUCCACUCAGAGGAAAAACAUGAUCAAGCAGGUGGACAGAACCGUGGGUUACUUGAGGCAGCGCAUCCGGGAAAGCGGCCUGGAGUCAAAGCUCAACCUCAUCAUCACCUCUGACCACGGCAUGGAGACCGUCAUAAAAAAGGACGAGAUCCACAUCCGCACCAUCCCCAACUUCUCAUUCAAAGACCUCGACUUCGAACUCUUAGACUACGGACCCAAUGGACUUCUGGUGCCAAAAGAAGGCAAAUUAGAGCAUGUGUACUCAGUCCUGAAAAAUGCCCACCCAAAACUGCACGUUCACAAGAAAGAAGAGUUUCCCAAAAGAUUCCACUACGCCAACCAUUCCCGCAUCACCCCACUUCUGUUAUACGGCGACCCAGGCUACGUGAUCCAUGGGAGGUUCAAGGUCCAGUUCAAUAAAGGGGAACACGGUUUUGACAACAACGCCACGAACAUGAAAACCAUCUUCCGUGCCGUGGGACCCGCCUUCAAGAAGGGGCUGGUGGUGGAGCCCUUCGAAAGCGUCAACGUCUACGCGCUCCUCUGCGAGCUGCUGGGCAUCACCCCCGAGCCCCACGACGGCUCCCUGGAGGUCACCAAGCCCAUGCUGCGUUCGGGUCCCUCUCUCCAUCCCUCCAAGAAGCUGCCGCUGAUGCUGGGGCUCACUCUCGUUCUGGGGUGCUGGAGAGGCGUUUUCUAACCCCCAUCAGGUACCGACCCCAAGGACCCCCAGCAGGACUCUGACCCAGGCAAACACGUCCCCCCUUUGGGCGUGGUCUCCCCGGGUUUCGUCUGUCUGUGGAGCCCCCCAAAACUUUUCCCUGCAGGACACAGAAGGGGCUUCACACCUCAGACAGGGCUCUGCC